CCACCACCGACCCCAGCUGCUGGAGUUCCGCCCCCAGAACAGCUUCUCUCCCAAAUCUACACAUGCCGUUCUCCGUUCCGCCUUCUAGUCGGCCGACAAUGACUGCGCGACAACUCUCCAUUGCACCCGCUAGUCCAGUCUGGCGGUCCUGAUCCUGUGGCAGUUUCUCCUGUCUCGCGUGAAGCUGGACUGCGCAGCACGCCACGCUUGAGGCCAUUCCCUGUCUCCACGCUGUGUCCGCCUGCCCGGGCCUGUGUCUCUUCCCACCGUACCGAUAUAUCCUCAUCCUCGCUGCUCCCGUGCAAGCCUGCUAGACGCCAUUCCUGCCUCGACAACUCCUUCAGAGGGGCACCCCGUUGCUUGCCACACCCACAACCCUUGCCAGCAGCCAUCGCCACGCAGAUGUGACUCCGCAAACCCACGUACAUUCACCCUCCAUAUUGCCUUAACUUGACCCGUUUUCUCAUAGCCCGGAGUCGUUGUCAUCUGCCGACCCAAUGGACCAUAUUCCAGGACGCUUCUGGCGUAGCCGAAAAGUUCCCUCCACGCCAUCCUCCCCAGCAACUCGAGCGGGGUCGCCGCCUGACAAAUCGUCUGCGGAGAGAAAGAUCAACACCGUAGCGCAGCGUCAGUCAGCCCCAAGCCUGGCUAUUCCUGACUCGCAGCCAGCCCGCAAUGGCUCGAUGGGACAGAUCCCCAAGUCCCCGUUCCGGGCGUUCCACUUCCGAAGUUCUCACAAACGAGCACGGUCGCCGCCUCCUGCCUCUUUACCAGUGUCUGCCUCCCCGGUGGUCGUAAAUCCAGACAUCACAAUCGACACCAAUGUGUCGCCACCGACCAAGGAUAAAGAGGAUGGUGGCGCAGCUGUCGUCCAGGAGAAGCCCAUGAUUCCCGCGUUUCUUGCCAUGUCUCGCCCCGAGAUCGAGUCUAAGUUCCACGAGCUCGCAUGGCAAGAGCGCUUUCGCAUCUCGGAAUCUUUUCAGAACCCGUCCCCCAGCUACCGAUUUGCUCGCGUGACCGCGCCCGAGGCUAAGUUCUUGGACCGAUACGCCAAUAUCCAGCCGUGGGAGAAUAAUCGCGUGAAGCUGCAAGUGCCCGAGGGCCAGUUUGACUACAUAAAUGCGUCGCCAAUCACUCUUUACUCUCCCAUCAACCCCGAGGGCCGCCCCCCGCACCGCUAUAUUGCGAUGCAAGGUCCUAAGGAACAGACUAUGGAUCAUGUCUGGCGGAUGGUGGUAGAGCAACUGAGAAGCCCGGCCGUAAUUGUCAUGCUGACCCAGACGCACGAGGGCCAUAUGGAGAAGUGCUUUCCGUACUACCCGGACCUCAAGGAGGAACCGCUGGUCGUGGGCGAGGAUGACGAAUUCGGCGACGGUUUCCGAGCCGAGAUUCGCUGCGUCGGCAUCGAGCAGCAUGCGAAAGGCGCUAUCGAGAUGCGAAAGCUCAACGUCCACGUCGACGGCCGCGACGAGGAUAUGACCGUCUGGCACCUGCUCUACCGCAAGUGGCCCGACUUCGGCAUCCCGGACAUGAAGGACAUCAGCAGCUUCUUCGAACUCAUGCGCCUGUCGCGCGAGAAGAACGCGAGCGAGGACAACCCCCGGAUCGUGCACUGCUCGGCCGGCGUCGGCCGGAGCGGAACUUUUAUCGCGCUCGAGCACCUCAUGAGGGAGGUGGAGACGGGCGACCUAGACCGCCGCAGCGAGAAGGAGAGGGAGGAAGACAUCGUGUUCCAGACCGUGGACGCGCUGAGGGAGCAGCGCAAGCAGAUGGUGCAGGCAGAAACACAGUACGUAUUCAUCUACCAGGUGUUGCGCAAGCUGUGGCUCGACAAGCACGGACUCUCGGAGGAGGACGUGGACGAGCCGGCCGCCAAGAGAUUGGAGGUUGAUCACGAUCCCUUCGUCGACCACCUCGUCGAGGAGUAAGGCACCCAGCCGCACGGUCUGGGUUAGAGGACGGGGCGUAUAGGUUAACCAGUACAGCAUCGCGACGGCGUUUAGGGAACAUGGGAGGGCGAGGACGGCUUCGCCGAUCAGGCUCGCCGACCCGUCACCAUAGCAUUGGAGCACAUAGGAAAAUAUCGAUUUGUUUUGGGCGAGAUGCGGCACGGGAGGGUUGCCGUACGCCUCACAAGGGUAUGGCGAGAACCAGAGCGAAGACGCAGGGGAGACAUUCUCUCUAUCGAUGUGCGGUAAGGCAUUCUUCGGGGCGGGAUUCUGGCCCAGGGCCGUUUCACGGUUUGACGUUAGUCAAGAUACCCAUCAUGUUUGCUAUACAGGAAUACGAAGCACAUAGACACUUAGCACAUUGAUCAUUGAUUUCCACCACGGGGGGGCCUACGUUCUGCGAAUCACGGCCUCCCCCCCUUCUCCCCCC